AUGGAUUCUCCUAGUUCUUCAUCCAUGAUGAAUUUUUACUACAACGAGUUUUUUGCGGAUGGCGAUGGUUCGACCGAUGAGGAGCUUAAGCAAGAGGCGGUUACGAGUGCAUGUCAACUAGCGGUUCGUUAUGUCAACCAUUCUCGUCGGCCCGAAGCCCCAAAAAAUAAAAGAAGCUAUGUUGAACGAGACCGACGCGCGGCACACGAGCGUUUGAUGAAAGACUAUUUUGACGAGGCGCCGACAUUUUCAAACGAAGUUUUUAGGCGUCGUUUCCGGAUGAGUAAACGGUUGUUUCUACGCAUAACCAACGACUUGGAAGCCAACUACGAUUAUUUUAAACAAAAACCGGAUGCGAGAGGGUACCUUGGAUUCACCGGUAUCCAAAAGUGUACGUCGGCAUUACGAAUUCUUGCUUAUGGUAACACCACCGACAUCAACGACGAGUAUCUAAAAAUGGCGGAGAAAACAACACGGGAUAGCUUGGAACAUUUUUGUCGCGGUAUAAUUGAUGUGUACGGUGCACGUUAUCUUAGAACGCCUACAUGGGAGGAUCUUCAAAAGAUCUACGAGGUACAUAAUGCCGAGCAUGGUUUGCCUGGUAUGAUCGGGAGCAUAGAUUGCAUGCAUUGGCGUUGGGAUAACUGCCCGACUGCAUGGCGAGGCCAACACACACGUGGUGACCAAAAAGGACCCACUAUUAUUCUUCAGGCGGUUGCUUCACAGGAUCUUUGGUUAAUGGUUGAUUUGGUACACCACGCAUGGUCGGUUCGUUACGUACCACCUGAGGGAGAGGAAGAAACGGAGGACGAGGAAGACGAAGUUGGCGAGGGUGACGAAAGCGAAGACGAAAACUAG